ACAUCUCUUUUCGCUCACUCAAGCCAUCUCCUUCGCUUUCGUCUCAAUCGUCGCGGACAAGCUUUCCUAUUCGAGACUUGACUCACGUCGCCCUAUUCGCUGUCGCGUGAUUCUCCCGUCGGCCUAAGGCACCUGUUCUUUCCCAGGCUUCUGAGCCUCCAAACUACAAUUGAAGAUUCGUGUAGAUCACCACACAACUUCGCAAGCAGAAGAUACUUCGCUUGGACGUGAGCCUCGACGCUCCUCCCAUCACUCAACCGUACAGACUCGGUCAUACACCCUUCACGGAUACACAUACCACGGUGGGCAUCGCGUCUAGAACAGAUUGAGAAAGCGUCUUCAUAUAACAACCUACUUUUCGUGUUCGCUUGUAACGGCCAGCAAUGGCGGAGAAUGAGGUGGACUUGGACUCCAUCAUAGAUAGGCUGUUGGAAGUAAGAGGUAGCAGACCUGGAAAACAAGUGCAGCUGCUGGAGACUGAGAUUCGUUUUCUCUGCACCAAGGCUCGCGAGAUCUUCAUCUCCCAACCCAUCCUGCUUGAGCUGGAGGCACCUAUCAAGAUUUGCGGCGAUAUUCACGGUCAAUAUUAUGAUCUGCUGCGUCUGUUCGAGUACGGUGGCUUUCCACCAGAGGCCAACUACCUCUUUCUCGGCGACUACGUAGAUCGUGGCAAGCAGUCACUCGAGACAAUCUGCCUACUCCUCGCCUACAAGAUCAAAUACCCGGAAAAUUUCUUCAUCCUGCGUGGCAACCACGAAUGUGCGUCGAUCAAUCGAAUCUAUGGAUUCUAUGACGAAUGCAAGAGACGGUAUAACAUCAAGCUGUGGAAGACGUUCACAGACUGCUUCAAUUGCUUACCGAUUGCCGCUAUUAUUGACGAAAAGAUCUUCACCAUGCACGGUGGUCUCAGUCCAGACCUCAACUCUAUGGAGCAGAUUCGCCGAGUGAUGCGACCCACUGAUAUCCCCGACUGUGGCCUUCUUUGCGAUCUUUUAUGGUCUGACCCCGACAAAGACAUCACUGGCUGGUCAGAAAACGAUCGUGGCGUGUCCUUCACAUUCGGGCCAGACGUGGUUUCUCGGUUCCUACAGAAGCAUGACAUGGAUCUUAUCUGUCGUGCGCAUCAAGUUGUUGAGGAUGGCUACGAGUUCUUCUCGAAACGACAACUGGUCACACUGUUCAGUGCGCCAAAUUACUGUGGCGAAUUCGAUAAUGCGGGCGCGAUGAUGAGCGUGGACGAAAGCCUGUUAUGCUCAUUUCAGAUUCUCAAACCUGCCGAAAAGAAACAAAAGUACGUCUACAGUGGCAAGGGUGCCGAUCGACCCGUCACUCCCCCUCGCAAACAGAAGAAGUGAUCAACCACAUUAUAAUGAAAAUUAUGACGAAUAUUCCGUGCAGCAGGUUCGGUCGCAGAUAGACACUUUACGAAUUACUCGCAACCUAAUCGACCCGGUCCGACUCUCCGAACGGGCUCCAAUCAUACUUGUUACCGCCCAUGUACCAGCGUCCCUACCAA